UACUCAAAGUACAUACUGUAAAAGAAAAGCCUCAGGUUUACAAAGACAGGUUAGUCAAUUAAGAAGAAAAGGAGUACUUGUGGCACCUUAGAGACUAACACAUUUAUUGUCACUACUGAGGGCCGUUUAGAUGGAGCAAGACAGCCUCUGAGAAGUCCGGGACAGGGAGGGGGCGCAGAGGGAGGAAGGGUAAAAUUACAGUAACUACUGCCUAGCCAUUGGUCAGAUUCAGAUCCGCAUCACCAUUGGUGGAACAGACAAUAUUCAUUUUUUAGCCAAUCACAAAUUACAUUACGAGUCACACGGACAGGAUAAAAGGACAGACAUUGGGGCGCUCCUACGCGCUCAGGGCAGGUUUAGCAGAUUGUGGGCGGGGUAGUUGUUGCUAGAGAGCGAAUUACAAUGUCGGGCAGAGGAAAGCAGGGAGGUAAGGUGCGGGCUAAGGCGAAGUCUCGCUCCUCGCGGGCUGGGCUGCAGUUCCCGGUGGGCCGUGUGCACCGCUUGCUUCGCAAAGGCAAUUAUGCGGAGCGGGUGGGCGCUGGCGCCCCGGUCUAUAUGGCUGCGGUGCUGGAGUAUCUGACCGCUGAGAUUCUGGAGCUGGCUGGCAACGCUGCUCGGGACAACAAGAAAACCAGGAUCAUCCCCCGUCACCUGCAGCUCGCCAUCCGAAACGACGAGGAGCUCAACAAGCUGCUGGGGAAAGUCACGAUCGCUCAAGGGGGUGUCCUGCCCAAUAUCCAGGCUGUGCUGUUGCCUAAAAAAACCGAAAGUCAUAAGGCCAAGAGCAAAUGAAACUGACCAAGAAGAAAGGUGAAUCCUUCAACUUCACAGCUAACCCAAAGGCUCUUUUUAGAGCCACCUACUGUCUCAAAAAAAGAGUUACAUCUCAUUAAAACAGAAAGAGCAGCCUUGUUUGUUAAGUAGAAACCGCCCACCCCUUUAGUAGGGAUCGCCAAAAAUUUAAGCACUUAUUAGUGAUUCUCCUCCCCUUCGCCCACCCCCAUUACUUUUCAUGAGUAACGGAAGCCCCUUUUGGGGAGGGAAAACUAGGCACCAGGCCUUUGUUCUUCCAGGUUCCAUAAAUAUCGAUAGGGGUAAAAACAGAUUGUAAACUGUGUGUGUAUAUAUAAUCAUAGGAAACCACUGAGAAAAAUAAAUAUUCAAUAGCACCAAGUGAUUAUGGUGCAUUCUAUGUUGAAUCCAUCCUGUUCUCUUAGAGACGAAAGCCUUGUUUUAAUGUUGCUGCGACAGAUCAAACAAAUAUACACAAUUUUAUCCAAGUUAUCUUUCACCUGCCCUGGGGUUCUUUAUACUCAUAUUUAAAGAACUGUCCCCCAAAUAUUGAUUGGUCCCUUUGAAUCCAAAAUAAUAGUGAAACCCUAAUUCCUUUAAAAGGGGAUUUCAAAUUCUUCAAGUACACAGAACAGUUUUUAACACGUUUAAUUUCGAAUACAUAUAGCACAUCAUACUGUCUAACCCAUUCCCUCUGUAGUUUGGAUAAAUUAGGGGUUUGUGGGAGAUUGGUUAAUUUGAUAUAGCAAAAGAGAUUUGGUCCCCAUUUAUGAUUAGAUAUUGCAUAUGAAACUGGUCUGUGGGUUCAAAAAUGUCACAAAUGGAAGGAAAAAGUAGUAACAGGAAAAACAUCUUUUUAAAUGGCUACCCUUGAUUUAAAAUCUAAUCUCAUAUAGUACCAUUAGGAAUCACUUGAAACAACACAAGGCAGAACCGUGUGAUUUAUUAAAGGGAUGUGUCCUUACCUAUUAUGGGAGAGCUCUGCAUUUGAUUUAAUAAUAUAAGGGAAUGUUUUCUUCUAUUUCUUCACUGUGUGUGUUAACCUUAUUGUAUAAUUUUGUUGUGAAAGUUUGCAUCAUACCUUUCUAUCUUGUAAGAGAGAUGUGAUUGUUAUUUCUAUUUUAAAUUGUUCCUUAUUAACAUAAAUCCAUCACUAAUUGAACAAUAAUGUGUAAUAUGCAAUG